UAUUCGGAUAUCACAGAAGUUUAAUAUAAAAGUCAAGCGCCAAGUGUCAAAACUUAUGAAAGUAGUGGAAUAACAAACGAUAAUUGUAUUAACCAUAAAUUACAACAUCGCCUAAUUAUUACUGAUCUAGCAUCAAACAGUCGUUAAAGAAGGUGUUAAGAACAAUGGCCUACAAUCCCGGUUACAAUCAACCUGGUUCCGGUUACAAUCAACCUGGUUCCGGUUACAAUCAACCUGAUUCCGGUUACAAUCAACCUGGUUAUGGAGGAUCACCGGCCCAGCUGGAAAUAGGUCACGGUCCUUAUCCAUCCAUGGGCACGGAAGGGACCAUCUCACCUCAAGUACAGCAAUGGUUCAAUGCGGUCGAUAAAGAUCGUUCUGGUUUUAUAACGGCGUUAGAGCUAAAAUCAGCGUUGGUCAAUGCUCAAGGAAAAACAUUUUCAGAAACAGCUUGUAGCUUAAUGAUGGGUAUGUUUGACAAGGAUCGUACAGGUCACAUAAACGUAGAAGAGUUUGAUAAAUUGUACACUUACAUUAAUCAGUGGCUUGCGGUUUUCAAAACUUAUGACACUGAUCAAUCUGGACACAUUGAGGAAGAAGAAUUAUCUAAAGCCCUAUCUACAAUGGGAUUUCGUUUCUCGCCAGACUUUAUUGGCUUCCUAAGCAAAAGAUGGGGACAAAAUAAACAAAUAUCAGUGGAUAAUUUCAUAGUGCUAUGCAUUCAAAUACAAAGAUUCACCGAAGCCUUCCGAGUAAGAGACACGCAGCAAAAUGGGACUGUCACAAUUGGAUUUGAAGAUUUCCUCAAUAUAGCACUUAGUUGCUCAGUAUAAAGUAAAGAAAUAAUAAUCUCUAUCGCCACCAGUGGCAAAUGGCUUUAAUAAAACACGGCAAUUUAUUUUUUUACUUUUUAAUGAUAAUUAUAGUAUGUAUAUAUUUUAAAAUACCACAGCAUGUCUGGAAUCUUUCUUUAUCAAUAAGCAACAUUAUUUUAAUUACACUUUUAUGAAAUAGA